AUGGGUCAAAAGCAAUCUAGUCAAGAAGGAAAUAAGAAAGAUGAUAAGACUAAACGAAGAGAAUUCGAUCCGCCAGUACCUACUAGAAUGGGUAAACACAAACGAUCUAAAGGGCCAGAUAGUGCCAACAAAUUACCUCAAGUCACACCUCAUACACGUUGUAAACUUCGUUUAUUAAAAAUGGAGAGAAUUAAGGAUUUUCUGCUUAUGGAAGAAGAGUUUAUCAAAAAUCAGGAGCGUCUUAAAACGGAUGAAGAGCGUCACGAGGAGGAACGGUCAAAAGUUGAUGAUUUGCGUGGCACUCCAAUGUCCGUGGGGACCUUAGAAGAAAUUAUUGACGACAAUCACGUUGUAGUAUCUACCUCUGUUGGUAGCGAGCACUAUGUUAGCAUUCUUUCUUUCGUCGAUAAGGGUAUGCUUGAACCUGGGUGUUCUGUCUUGUUAAACCAUAAAGUUCAUGCUGUUGUUGGUGUCUUGACAGACGAAACCGAUCCUAUGGUUACAGUUAUGAAGUUAGAAAAGGCUCCACAAGAAACAUACGCUGAUAUUGGCGGACUCGAUGUACAAAUCCAGGAGAUCAAAGAAUCAGUUGAACUACCUUUAACUCAUCCAGAACUUUAUGAAGAAAUGGGUAUUAAACCCCCCAAAGGCGUAAUCUUGUACGGUGCACCAGGGACAGGCAAAACAUUGCUAGCUAAGGCUGUUGCUAACCAAACAUCAGCUACCUUCCUUCGGGUUGUCGGGUCAGAAUUAAUUCAAAAGUAUUUGGGUGAUGGUCCAAAAUUGGUUCGUGAGUUGUUUCGGUUGGCAGAGGAAAAUGCACCUAGUAUCGUAUUUAUUGAUGAGAUCGAUGCGGUGGGGACAAAAAGGUAUGAAUCAAAUUCAGGUGGUGAACGCGAAAUACAGAGGACAAUGUUAGAAUUACUUAAUCAACUGGAUGGUUUUGAUUCUCGUGGAGACGUGAAAGUUAUUAUGGCCACUAACAGAAUUGAAACGUUGGACCCUGCGCUAAUCAGACCUGGUCGAAUCGAUCGUAAAAUCGAAUUUCCCUUACCUGAUGAAAAAACAAAACGUCGUAUUUUCAGUAUUCAUACAAGUCGCAUGACUUUAGCUGAAGAUGUAAAUUUGGAGGAAUAUGUUUCUUCUAAAGAUGAACUUUCAGGUGCUGACAUCAAGGCUAUUUGUACUGAAGCUGGGUUGUUGGCUCUACGAGAAAGAAGAAUGAAAGUCACUGACGAAGAUUUCAAAAAGGCGAGAGAGAAUGUACUUUAUCGGAAAAGUGAAGGGACACCUGAAGGACUUUAUCUGUAA